AAUCACAGGAGCUUUUGCUUGGCGAUUAGGAAGUAUCAACAUGGCAGCUCUCUGAGUUUUGGAGGAGGGUACAUGGUGUAAAUAAACACAAAUUUCACGUUUUACAGCUAACGACAGCGUUUGCCUGUUUGUGUGUAGGACUGGUGGGACCACAUAGGGAAAAUGUCGAAUGAAGGAAAUAAGAAACAGUUCUGGAAAAGAAACGCAGCGAAGGUUCCUGGCAGCAUUCAGCAUGUGUACGGCGCACAACACCCACCAUUCGACCCGCUCCUCCAUGCUAACCUGAUCAAAGCGGGCAACAGGCUUCCUCCAGCCACACCAGGGAAGCCCAAGAAGGCCACCACCUUCCAGGAGUUCGAGAGCAUCACAAGUGAUGCCUGGGACGUUGGGGACGAUGAUGACGAGUUGCUGGCCAUGGCUGCAAAGAACCUCAACAUUGAGGUUGUCAUGGAGACAGCCAAUAAGGUCAUCGAGAAUCACAGCAAGCAGCAGGAGAGACAGAGGCAGGAUGACGCGACAGAGUUGGAACAGACCGAAGAGGACACACAGGAGGAGGUGGCAGAGGACGAGGAUGAGGAGGAGGACGAAGACGACGAGCAGGUCAGGGUGGCGGAAGGAGACGUGACCAGCCCAGAGGUCUCGUUCGCCUCCCUGAGCAGCCCUUAUGCUGAUGGCCGCCUCGUGAAGUCCAAAAGUGAAGCUCCAAUUGGGUCACCUAAAGAAGCAGAGGGAGAGCAUGCCGGCCUCCACAGGCAGCGGUCCCUGCCCCACCGGCCGCCCAUCAUCCCGCUCGUGGCUCGCAUGGCCGACCAGAACACGUCCGGCACCCCGGCCAUGACCGAGAGGGAAGCGUCCCGUCUGGAUAAGUUCAAACAGCUGUUGGCCGGCCCCAACACAGAGCUGGAGGAGCUACGGAAACUCAGCUGGUCGGGAAUCCCACGGCAGGUCCGCCCGAUAACGUGGAAGCUGCUUUCAGGUUACUUGCCAGCCAACGCCGAGAGGAGAGAGAGCGUCCUGCAGAGGAAGAGGCAGGAGUACUUUGGCUUCAUCCAGCAGUACUACGACUCCCGCAACGACGAGAACCAUCAGGACACGUACAGACAGAUCCACAUAGAUAUUCCCAGAAUGAGUCCUGAUUCUUUGGUGCUGCAGCCAAAGGUGACUGAGAUUCACAUUGACAUACCGAGAACUAAUCCUCUUAUUCCUCUCUUUCAACAAGCUUCUGUCCAAGAGAUCUUUGAGCGGAUCCUUUUCAUCUGGGCCAUCCGCCACCCGGCCAGCGGCUACGUGCAGGGCAUCAACGACCUGGUCACGCCCUUCUUCGUCGUCUACGUCUUUGAGUACAUCGAGGAGGAGGUGGAGAACUUCGACGUGUCCAGUCUGGAGGAAGAGGCCCUGAGGAACAUCGAGGCCGACAGCUUCUGGUGCAUGAGCAAACUGUUGGACGGCAUCCAGGACAACUACACGUUUGCCCAGCCGGGCAUCCAGAAGAAAGUCCAGGCACUGGAGGAGCUCGUCAGCAGGAUAGAUGAGUCCGUGCACCGCCACAUGCAGCAGUACGAGGUGGAGUACCUGCAGUUUGCCUUCCGCUGGAUGAACAACCUCCUGAUGAGGGAGCUGCCACUGCGCUGCACCAUCAGACUGUGGGACACCUACCAGGCUGAACCAGAGGGCUUCUCCCAUUUCCACCUCUACGUGUGCGCCGCCUUCCUGGUGAGGUGGAGGAAGGAGAUUCUGGAGGAGGGAGAUUUCCAGGGUCUGAUGAUCCUCCUGCAGAACCUACCCACGAUGCACUGGGGCAACGAGGAAGUGAGCGUCCUGCUGGCCGAAGCCUACAGGUUGAAGUUCGCCUUUGCCGACGCGCCCAACCACUACAAGAGAUGAUGAGCGUGGCUCCGUGGAGCCCCUCCUCCUCCUCCCCCUCCUCUUGUUCCUCCCCAGCAGUCUACUGAACUACGUGACCUCUGUUCCUACAGGGAAGGACCUCCCCCUUUUUCCCUCCCAUUCAGCUACUAAGAGAUUUGAAUCAAGCAAUGGCCAAGAGGACGUGCGGCGUAGCAUUUUAACGUGACGAUGUGCAGUGCAGCCUUUUUUUUUUUUAAAUGAUUUUUUUCUUCAUCCUUGACAACCACCAAAUAAUCUUUUUUGGGGGGGGGGGGCGGGUGCGGGUUUUUUCUGCUCAAGCUGACUCCUCAGCGAGUACGAGGCCGGGAGCUCAACACUGCCAGAAAUCCAAUAUCCUGGCGUUACCUUUUUGUCUUGUUUCCCGAGGCCAAAGUGUGACCUUCUUUGGCCAAAGGGCAGCGCACUGUAUGGUUUACAUAUGAGAGCCCGGGCUCCUGGUCCCUACACCACCAGGAGGAACAUGACCUCUCCUGUUUUCUGCUUCUUCUUUUAUCUCCUCCGGCUGCGUGACAGGAGAGACAUUAGGACUUUACACAGGGAGAGAGAGAGAGAGAGAGAGAGAGGGAGAGGUUGUCAGUGUUUGAGGGGCCACGGGACUCCCGCCCUUCUACAAACACCAAGUUGAAUCCGUCCCGUGGUGUCACAGCGACAGACGGCCUGUGGUGAGACGUCUUAUACCAUACUCUUCCUCCCGGAACCCAGGACUACCUCUAAACCCACUUGUCGCCACAUUGAGAAACAUGCACACACCCCAGUAAGGGGGGGAAAUUUCAACUUUUUGAAGUUCAGAUCAAAAAUCCCACACACAUUGCGGAAGGCUAAAGUUCGGAUUCACAGGAGAAAAGGCGUACUUCUUCACUGGGUUGUUCUGAAUGAACAAUUUUGCCUUAAUUAAGAAACAUGCCUUUGUUUACUAUCCCUUUCUCACCAUCUGUCUUUCGGGGCCUCAUCUUCAUGGGUGCAGAAGCAAAACGCAACCUUCCGACUGUCUGUCAGCUUUUCGGUGUAGGCACAAGUCUUAUUUUCGCCGAGGCUCCAUUUCAUCUGAGGGGUUUUUGGGGGUUAGAUUCCAGCAACAAGCCCAGACGAAAUGCGAGAGCUGGUUGUGCAUCAUUUCCAGAAUGGGUCCAUAUAAAACACUUUUGACGGCACACCCUCCAAAAGCCAUUUAAUCAAAAUAAAAUUACAAAAGUCUUAAUCGCUCGGGCUGCGAUAGCCCCCAACAAGUGAUCUGGGAGCCCUUAGUCUCACAAGUGACGGCUGCUAUCUGUUAAUAGAGCUGAUGGAGUCGAGCUAAAUCACAGCUUUUAAAUGUCCAUGGCUCAACCGAUAACUGCUAUUACACUCACCCUUUGUGAUGUUAAAAUACCUUUGCAUAUAGCGAGCUGCAAAUAGAUGAACAAAAGCAGCAGGUGCGUUGAACCACACAGUCAAUGACCCCCACCCCCCCCAAAGUCAGUAGCACCAUAUUGGUGUAAUGUGGGUAGGGGUAUGGGGGGGGGGCGGAGGGAUCGGACAUUGAUGACGCCGAGUUAACGUCUCCUGACGCGUCUUCACUAGGACCCAUUAUCGUCACGGCAGCACGCCGAGGCGGUGUGUGCAGGUGUGUGUGUGUGUGGGGGGGGGCGUGCAUCAGUUCGAGGUUCAAGUCGCUUUUCUCCAUGAGAGCUGUCAGUCUUUGAUCACACUCGGGGUGACAUUUACCCUCCAGCCAACCUGCACCAGUUUCACCAGCCCCUCAUCUCUCUCUCUCUCUCUCUCUCUCUCCCUCUGAAUGGGAUUUAUUCUUUAAAUCAGCAUUUUAAAAGAUUUGUCUUUUUUGUUUUUUACUUUGUUAUGCCGUUUACAUGACAAGCCUAUUAAGUUGUGCCUGACUCCGGGAACGUGAGCGAACGUCUUAGUUUCUUUCUCGAUCUCAAAUGAACUUGAAUUGAUUUUCAUUUUUUCAUUGGAAGCAAUAGUUUGACAUUUAGCAUUUGCUGUGAAAAGAUAGAUUUCUAUUGUAUUUUCUUUUUUUUUCUGGUAUGGGGGGGUUUAAUCAUUCUCUGGGAAUUUCAAUAGCUCGAACUUAAAGGCCCACCUUCCCUGAACACGUAGGAUUUCUCCAAAACCGAGGAGCUUUUUUAAAUUUUCCCUUCAUCAUAAACAAGAGCUGAAGCACACUGCCUACAGACAUCAUUUACAGUUCCUGACACAACAUCAGCUCACUACAUUAGUCUGUGCGCUUACAGGUUAUAUAAAGAAAGAAAGGGGUACGCCUGUGUGCGAGUCGCAGGUAAACAGGGUCGGAUUGACACCGCCCCCUCUACACCACCCGCUCGCCUUUGAAUCAUUAGCAGAGCUUCUCUAUUUUUGCUGUGAAGUCACAUUGCAGUAAUUCCCACCUAACAAGACGCAGCUGCCUACUUUGUGGUAGAGAGUUGGUUCAUGAAGCAAACCCACAUUCACACCAUGCUAUCAGGCUCAAAUUAGCUAGUCUCCUCACACACACACACAUACACACGUCUCCAUGGCGAUGAAGGCCAGGCUGGCUGGAGCCCGUUUUUCCAUUAGCCCACACACACACACACACACACACACACAUACGCACACACACACACACGUGUGCAGAAGCUUCAAACACUCUUUGGAGCGUCUUCAGGAGUGUAUCCUCAAGAAACAUUUUCAGCUGCUUUCACUUCUCCAUAUAUAUAUUUUUUUUGUCGCUCUACUUUUCCAGACAUGGAAAAUAUGUUUAUGAAAACCAAACUGAGAUGAAAAUGAUCCUCCCUCCAUGUGCUUUUGCCUCGUGAGUUCUCAGAAAACAAAUCUAAUAAUACUAGAGCGUGUGGGCGACCGGAGUUGUGGUUCUUGAAUUUAAAAAUUUGUACAGAGAAGAUUUUGAAAUAAAAAUCUGUAAAUAGAAUAUGUAAAUAAAUCCUAUAUAUG